GGAGACGGUGGUGGAGGUUGUCGAAUAUUACCACGGCGAUGGGGAAUGGUGCCGGCCUAGUCGGCCGUUGAUCGCGGUACCGCGAGCUGCUACUUCUCUGCCGUGCGUCCUUACCGCGCUGCGCGGGCUGCUCCACGAACAGUGCUCGAGCAACGAUUAUCUUUCGAAGGAUACGGGGUGGCCAUCCUUGAAAGAUGAGUUGCAAUUGUCCGUUGACCACCACGUCCGUGGGACCCACUUUGGCCUCGACGUGCGGCGGCUCGUCCUUCAUGCUCUUCAUGGGGCUGCUCGAGGUCUUUCUGCGUAGCCAAUGCGACCUGGAGGACCCGUGCAACCGACCCGCGCCCCCGAGCAGCGUCAAUACGAGGUACGAUUUCGUAGUGAUCGGUGGCGGUAGCGCUGGUGCGACCGUCGCGGCGAGACUGUCGGAGGAGCCGAGAUUUUCCGUAUUGCUGUUGGAAGCUGGACUGGACGAGCCAACGGGCACCCAGAUACCCUCGUUCUUCUUCAAUUUCAUCGGCAGCGACAUCGACUGGCAGUACAACACCGAGAGCGAGGACGAGGCUUGCCUGAACAAGGAACACAGGCGAUGUUACUGGCCCAGAGGAAAAGUCCUCGGCGGUACGAGUGUCAUGAACGGGAUGAUGUAUAUGAGAGGCUCGCGGAAGGAUUACGACGACUGGGGCAGGCUCGGCAACGCCGGAUGGUCCUAUCGCGACGUUCUUCCGUAUUUCAUACGGAGCGAGGAUAAUCAGCAAGUGAAUAGCAUGGAUUACGGUUAUCACGGGGUUGGUGGGCCACUCACCGUCAUGCAGUUUCCCUAUCACCCGCCGUUAAGCCACGCCAUCCUGGAGGCCGGGAAGGAACUAGGAUACGACACGGUCGAUCUGAACGGACGGACCCAUACCGGCUUCGCCAUCGCCCAGACCACAUCCAGGAAUGGUUCGCGACUCUCCACGGCGCGCGCCUUCCUGCGUCCCGCCCGGAAUCGCCCGAAUCUCCAUAUAAUGCUGAACUCGACCGCGACUAGGAUCCUAUUCGACGAGAACAAACGGGCGGUCGGCGUCGAGUUCGUCCACGACGGAACGACGAAGCACGUCUCGGUGGCGAAGGAGGUAGUCGUGAGCGGAGGUGCCGUUAACUCACCGCAAAUCCUCCUAAACAGCGGCAUAGGGCCUCGCGAGGAGCUCAAUGCCGUGGGUGUGCCGGUCGUUCACAAUCUUCCAGGUGUCGGCAAGAACCUUCACAAUCAUGUCGCCUACACGCUGGCCUUCACUAUCAACGAUACCGACACCACUCCUCUCAAUUGGGCGACCGCCAUGGAGUACUUGCUCUUCAGGGACGGUCUGAUGUCCGGCACAGGAAUAUCCGAGGUGACGGCAAUGAUAAACACUAAGUACGCGGAUCCGAGGGACGAUCAUCCCGACGUGCAGCUAAUCUUCGGCGGUUACCUGGCCGAUUGCGCGGAGACCGGUAUGGUGGGCGAGAAGAAGGGCGCGAACCGCACCGUCUACAUCAUCCCGGUUAUCCUGCAUCCGAAGAGUCGCGGCUAUCUGCGCUUACGUAACAACGACCCUCUCUCGAAGCCGCUGAUCUACCCCAAAUACCUGACUCACUCCGACGACGUCGGCGCUCUCGUGGAAGCCAUUAAGUUCAGUAUCCGAUUAGCGGAGACCCAGACGCUCAAAAGAUACGGUUUCGAGCUAGACCGGACUCCCGUGAAAAACUGCGAGCAUCUCAAGUUCGGCUGCGACGCCUACUGGGAGUGCGCAAUUCGUCACGACACCGCGCCCGAGAAUCAUCAGGCGGGAUCCUGCAAAAUGGGAAUACGGGACGAUCCAUUGGCCGUGGUCGAUCAUCAACUGCGGGUCAAAGGGGUGCGAGGUGUAAGGGUGGCCGACACGAGUAUCAUGCCGAGGGUGACGUCUGGCAACACGAAUGCGCCGGCGAUCAUGAUUGGUGAGAGAGCGGCAGACUUUAUCAAGCAGACUUGGACCGGUUGAUUCAAAAUUACUUAAUCAAACGAUUCGUUUACACUGUCCUAUUAUCAUUUCACUAAGGACACUUGUGUUUCAGAUUUUAAAAAUCGUAAAGAAGUUUGAAUGGUAGAGCAGCUAUGUAAAAAAGAAUGAACAGAUACAUAAAGUUAUUAGAUUAGACUUUAAAGUAUUAUAUAAAAUAUAAAUAAUGCAAAAAUUAAGUAAAAUAAGUACGUGUGCGCGUGCACACGUAUACACACGUGUGUAUAUGAUAUUAUACUUGUGGAUUAUCGUAUUACUUCGAAUAUCCCACCGUAGAUAAAAUUAUGAUUUUUACGACACAAAUUUAUACGGUUUUGAUAAAAUUUUAAUCAUUAAUUAAUUAGUUUACAUAUAUUUGUUCCGAUAAGUUAUAAUACAUACAUCUAACAAAAUGUUUAACAAGAUUUUUAUAACGUCACUAAAAACACUCAUUUUCCUAAUUACAUAUUCUAAUUUUAUUUUAUAUGCAUUUGACGUAUGUUUAAGUUUGUUUCAUGGUAAUUUUUCGGAGAUUUUAUCUUUCAAAUUAAUGAGCAAUCGUUCGAUUGCGAUAUUCCUCUGCAUUUCCACCGAAAAUAGAUAGAAUAAGAAACUUCUCUCGUUAUAUACUGUAAAUAGUACAUUGCCGCAGUGUAUUCUACGAAUCGCUCAUAAUGAUGUACAAAUAAAGAGUAUUUUCGCGAAAUACUUCAAUUUCUGUAA